ACAAUAACAAUUGUGGUGCGUAGCCGAGUUCCGACGCAAGCGCAUAGCUUCACUCCGUAGUCGCUCGUGAGCUGCUGUUAGUGCGGCGACGUGCUUUAAGUCAUUACGAAGAACUUACGUAAAAAAAUAUUGCGCGAGUUUUAUUAUUGAAACAAUUAUUAUAACUUUAUUGGAACUACACGUGUAUGGAUUGAGUGUGUAUUGUGGACCAAAAUGGAUUUAUCUUGUGGCGAGAAUCUGCCUAAUUCUGGCAAUCGCAGCGGGGGCAGCGGAAGAGCUGUAGACAUGUGUGUCGCCGGCCCCGAUCGGGCCUUGGACCGCGACCCUCGACUCAUGCUGAACCUCCUAACAUUGGAGCGAGCACAUGCUCUGCACACAGAUUACUUCCAAACUGUACAGAUUGAUAUACAGCCGUUCAUGAGGAAAGUUGUCACGACAUGGAUGCUAGAGGUGUGCGAGGAACAACAAUGCGAGGAGCAGGUGUUCCCACUAGCGGUGAGCUACAUGGACCGGUUCCUGUCGCACCGCGCCAUCUCGCGGCAGCAGCUGCAACUACUCGCUGUCACCGCGUUGCUCCUGGCCUCCAAGUUCAGGCAGUGUCACCCGCUGUCUGUUGAUCUGCUCUGUGCUUACACAGACAACUCUGUUUAUCCUAAUGAAGUCAGGCAAUGGGAGGUGAUGCUGCUGCAGAGAUUGAAUUGGCAGUUGUCUAUCGCGACAGCAUUCGACUUCGUGGAUCCAUUCCUAGCGAGGCUGUCCUGGGGCAGAGACAACGCUCUGGUCCGGACACAUGCACUCACUCUCACCUCGGUCUGCUAUACUGAAACGGAGUUCCUCUUGGUGCCGCCAUCUCUGAUCGCUGCCGCCUGCAUAACAGCUGCGGCGCGGGGUCUGCGCGUGCGCAUGUCAGUGAACGAGCUGUGUGCGAUGACGCGCGCGCCCGCCGCCGCCGCUGAACUGGUCGCCAGGCAUGUGGAGCGGGUUCUGGCACGAGAGACCCAACCUCAGGAACCCAGGACGAGACAUCUGCAACCUAUCAAAGUGACAACGCCGGAACAAACACAACUGCCCGAUACACCUACAGAUGUACAAGAUGUACAUUUUUGAUUUGGUCUGCUAUUGCUUGUUAUUGUGGUUAUUAGUACUCGAUAGUUCAUUUGGAAAUUGCUCAAUGACAUCAAUUUAAGCUUUUGAGCAUUCUCUUCUUCACACAAAAUCUCUCCGCUGGAACAAUGCUCUAAAGUGAGUCUUAGCUUUCUGACAAAAGAUUCAUCGUUGAUUCGUUUUGUAAAUGAUUUUGUAAAUUUAUUUGAUAUUUUCAUUGUAAUUGUUCGUCCAUUGAAAGAUAAUUUAAGUGAGUUUUGUUAUUAUUCAUCAAUAACUAAUCAACGAUUGAAAAAGAUAUUUUUCAAAUGUCAAGAAGAAAUUAUAAACAAAAAAAUUAUGUAAGUAAGGAAAUAUUGAAAUUUCUGUUAAAAUAAGAAAUAUUAAUGUCACAAAUUCCAUACAUUCCAUGUAUUACAAAUUUUAUAAAGCUCAUUGUAGGUUAUUGUUGUUUUGAUAUUGACUUUAGACCCACGUGGAGUGAAUUGAUCUCAUCGGUAAACAAAUGGAUCCCCGCUUACAUUGUCAGCGGUCAUGUUUUUUGUCCGCACACCUGGUUCGUUCAGAAAAACAAAUCUGGAGAAAUAUUUUUUUUUGCUACGUUUCCUCUUAAACGGCUAUAGUAAAAUUGUACAAUGAUCUCAAAUUAUUUAUGUAAAAUAUCAUCUUAAGUUAGGUUAACUUUAUUUAUUGAUUGUGUAUCUGUUAAUAGCUUAACUUUAGCUUAAUUCUGAUCAGGUCAUUCCUGUUUAUUUGAUCUCCGUGAAUUCCAAAAAAAAAAACAAUAUUAUUUUAAGCUUCAAUUGAUUUACCGUUAAUCAUUGCAUAAACAUUUACAUUGCAAAAGUUGCUAAAUGAAUUCGAUUUGUAUUAUGUUGAAAAACAUAAGUUUUGCAGGAAUAAUAUAUCAGUAAAUUUCAUUUUACAUGUAUAUGAGAAAUGUAAAAUAAGUGAUUCUCACCGAAUAUUUAUAAUAGCGAAUAUGGAUUGACUGUAGUUUUGUAUUGUCAAAUUAACUUAAUUACACAUUUUAAUUAAGUGUAAUCACAAUGUGUGGUGUUUAGGAGUGUUUAGUAAAUUUAUUCGUAAGAUCUCACUGUGUUGCAAGUUCGAAAUGAAUUGUACCGUACAAUCGAAAAUGUAUUUACCUUUAAGGAACUUCAUGUAAAACUGUUGAGAUGUUAAUAUUUAUUUAGGUCGAUGUUAUGUUUUAGUAAAUUCUAGUCACAUGUUUACACAUUCCUGUUUUCGACCAAACUUUAGUUUAAGUUUAGUUAAUUAGAGUUGUACUUAGCUAAGUUAAGGUAGUGUAUUUGAUUUGUAUUUUGUCCUAAAGAGUGUUUACUAUAUUCUAAACGAUUUUUUUCUUUAUGUACUAUUUAAAUAAAGGACAGAAUAUACAUCAAGAUUAUGCUUUUUAUAGCGUAAGCGUAUUUGUAGUAGUCGUAGGGCACAGAAGUGCUUCGAGCAAAGUAUCGAUGCGCAUCGAAAGCCGUUACGGACGAUAAUUAAAACAAUUAAUGGACGAGCUUUUUGACUUUCACUAUAAAUUCUUUUACUGAAUAUAAUUACCUAUGAACUUUAUAUAUUUCAUUAAUAACUGUAAUUAUUUUUCCUAACGACUGUACAAGUGUUGUCGAGUUGAUUAUUUCGGUAACAGAACUUAUGAGAACAAACCAUGUAUGUACUUAGAUUUUUAAAUUAAAUAUGCGUAGAAAAGAACUCUUAGAAAUAAUUUGGACUUAGUCGAAUCGUU